AGGAACGAAUUAUUAUAAUAUUAGAGCAAAAACUGUGUUUGCUGAAGCUAUUCGUUUUUUUCGAAAUAAACAAAAAUUUAAAGCUUGGAUUUAGUUAGCCGCAAUAUAUGCUUCCUCUUUGGCCAAAAACUAUUCGUACACAAGUCACGAGUAACGCGCGAGGUGGCAGCUCUGCGACCAUCGGUCAAAUCGCUUCCCGAUAGACCUGAUAUCGAUAUCGCAAAAUAAUAACAAUUUCGCAAAAUCCGCAAAAAAGGGGGAAGUUUUAGCAUAAAGCAGAGCGGCUAGUGCCCGGAAUUAAGUGAUCCUGAUUCUAGCCACAUCAAACCACACAACCACAUCCGCAAGUAAUGGAUAUUGACUGGCAGAACAGCCUCACGGAGCUAAAGGAUCGGGGACAGUACCUGCUGCAUUCAGAGAAAUGGGCUGACUGUCGCUUUCUCGUAGGAUCUGGAUCCUCGUCCAACCAACGGAUCAUCGCCGGUCACAAGCUGCUGCUGGCAAUGGCCUCACCGGUAUUCGAGCGCAUGUUCUACGGCAAUUUGCCGGACAAGACGGACCCCAUCGUUAUACCGGACGUACAGCCUGAGGCCUUUGAGGCGAUGCUGGAGUACAUAUACACGGACCGCAUCACUAUCGGUUCCUUCGACAAGGCCUGCGAGCUAUGUUACGUGGCCAAGAAGUAUAUGCUGCCGCACGUCGUCACCCGCUGCACCCACUUUCUGUGGGCGGAUCUCAGUCCGAAGAACGCCUGCCGGGCUUAUGAGUUCGCCAAGCUUUUCGAUGAGCCACGCCUUAUGCAGAGCAGCAUGGACCUGAUAGCGGCCAAUACACGCGAAGUGCUGUCCGAUCCCAGUUUCCUAGACAUCGAAGUCUCCACCUUGAUGGCAAUUCUCGACCAGAAUCGUCUGAACAUCGACUCUGAAUUGGAUCUGUUUAACUGCCUGCUGAAGUUCGCCAGCGAGCGGGGUAUCCUUAACGAAUCGGGACAGGAAGGAAGUGCUGGCGAAGGACAGGUGUUGACCAAGGAAUCACCCGACACUGUUGCCGGUCAUGUGCUGGUGGAAGAGAUUAAAAUGGAACCCGAUGUGGCGGCCAUGGUGCAGCACAUGCACCAGGAUGACGAGGGUGACUGCUUUGAGACGGAUGCCGGCAUGGCCUCAACUUCCUCUGCAGCAGCUGCUGCACCCACGGCUGCCACCCCGCCUCCGGAAGUGCCUUCGGGCCCUGACGACCUGGUGAUCAUCGACAGCGACGCUUCCGCCGAUGCCGCUGCUGCGGCUAACAUGAUCAACAUCAUGGACGCCCAGCGCACUAUUCUCGACGGAGCUAUGCUCCGGCAAGCGGUGAAAAAGAUACGUUUCCUUACAAUGACGCCGCAGCAGUUUGCCGAGGGUCCCGCCCGAUCCAAGCUGCUGCAGCAGCACGAGGCCCUCUCCAUCCUAAUCAAGAUCUCCAGUCCCUCGCUCAACGACUGCCACAUGCCCGAAGGUUUCUGCGUUUCGCGUAGCACUCGCAAUUUCUACGAGUCGGGUCACCGGCAGCGCGAAUUGUCUUCCUCGUAUCGUAGUGGAGCCGCCCCGUCGGGCGGCAUGUGUUUCCCAGGACCAGGUCCAUCCGUCCGUAACGGCGGUCCUGGCGGCAGUGGAAUGAUGAUGGGUAAUGCGCCGCGAUUUGGAUACAACAGUGCGGGUUUCGCCGGCGAGGAGUUGGCUAUUCGUCCACCGGAACCUGUGGGUACACCGCCCGAUGCAGCGCCGGCGCCCGCCACUUUACGUUGUUUUGGCGAAGGUUUCGAAGGCGCUCCAGCUGUUCCGACGCCCGCCAACGAAGAUGAAGGUGGCGUUCGAGUAGGUCCAGUCGCAGCUGGAGCAGCUGCAGCUCCUGGUGCAGCUGGACCCGUCGCUGGUAACUCGCACAAUGAUAUGGUUCGCGCAUACUGCACGCGCGUCCUCACCCGUCAGUUUCUCUUUCGCAAUACCAGUGUCACGGAUGCGGGCGUUACCUUUCAAGUGGACACAAAUAUCUGGAUCCUGGGCGUUCAAGUGCCGACGCGUGUACUGUGCGGAGAGUUGUGCGGUGAACUGAUGACAUCCGCCGCCUGCACAGAACGAUAUACCGAAGUGCUGUAUGCCCAUAUUCAGGAUAUGCAUGGCUCACGGAUUACGUAUACACAUUGUACGGCGCGUGUGCGAUACGAUUCCCUGCUGGAUAUCACAUUCGAUCGACCUGUGUACAUUUACCGAAAUCAAAUCUACAAGAUUUACGUGGUAUUCAAUAAGACCGGCUGGUAUCCCAUGUCCCUCUGUGUGCCCGACGCUAAUUGCCAUCGCGUUAAGUUCAUGUUCAAUGUGGGCAAUCCCACGGAAUCCGUUCGAGACGGCCUCAUCUAUGCAAUCAUCUACUCCACGCCACAGGAGCAUGGCCGUCACCUGGACGACUGAAUCCUUGGGAGCAAUAAUAAGUAAUUGUUUUCUUUUUUAUUUUUGUAUUUUCGAAUUCUCGAUGUGAUAGGCUUCGUUUGGCAUCUUGGCCAUGGAAAAUUAUUGAUCUGUACGCCGAAUUCCUUUCCAUUUCAUAUUUACAAGUUGGAAACAAAUUUAGCAAUGUUUUUAUUUCCAUACAUCACCUGGCAUUUUUAUUAUCUAAAUUGGCAUGAAUACGUUUGAAAUCAUUUUCUAAAAGCUAUAGCCAAUUCUGCAUUUAUUAAAUCAAAAAAAAAGAAAAGGAUAAUGAAUAUUUGUAAAACAUCACCGAAAUGUUUCUCUUCCACAAUAUAUUUUGGUUU